AAACAGGCAUGCAGACAACCCGACCACUGCAAAGUGUUGAGCUUGGGACAGACUGGCUUCAGCCCACACCACUCUCCUUUUCCUCUGGCCAAGAGAGAGAAGAAGAAGCCCUGAACCUCCUCCGCUGCUGUGAGCCGCUCACACUCAUCACACAAAACCAAUAAUGUGAAAAUCAGACGGGAAACAGCUUUGGUCAGAUGUUUAAACUCAUCAUCGUCGCUUCAUUGUACUUCGUCUAUUCUCAACACUGUGUCACUCAGCUCGCAGUCAGGCUACAGUAUCCAGGCUAUAUCCAACACGGAUACCUGGUGUGAGAUGCGGCAAUGUCCCGAGGAAUAUGCCCACGCGUAAACUCUUCUCGCGGAUCCUCUUGGAUUUGGUCGGCGGUCGUAUUCGCAGCGGUGAGCGUGAUCUGCGUGGACGCGUACAGCUGUCAUGAAGUGAGGACCGCUUUCCAGCUGCGGCAGGUCGGACCGCUGCACCGCGUACCGGAGACACCUGGCACAGAUGUGGAUCUGCUGGUUUGUAAGCACCAGGGUCCGUCCUGCUGCACCCGGAAGAUGGAGGAGAGCUACCAGUUGGCUGUAAAAAGAGAAACGCUCCACAACAUUCAGUCCUACAGCUACGAGCUUGAGCACCUCAUCUCCGGCCACUCGGAUGCCUUCCAGGACAUGUUCCAGUACCUUCUAUCCUUCUCUCAAGGCCACCUGAGUUCUCUGUUGGAGGGAACCUACUCAUCCCUGUCCCGCCAUGCCCUACCCCAUGUUAACCAACUCUUCUCCUCACUCUCCCUCUACCUCCGCGGGGCCAACGUCUCCGUGGAGGCGACAGUCCACCAAUUUUUUAACAACCUCUUCCCGCUCGUCUACACGCGGCUCAUCAAUCCAGGCAUCGAAGGCAACAUGAUGAUGGGCAGUGAAAUGGGCGACUGUCUGCGCAUGAUCAGGCAGGACGUCAACCCUUUCGGGCCCCAUCCGGCCGUCAUGGCUCAGGAGCUGGCUGGGGCGCUGGGAGCUGGGAGACAACUGGGCCUGGCCCUGGAGGAGGGUCUGGAGGUGAUGAACGCCACCGAACAUGUCAGCAUGAGCAAAGAGUGCGUGAAGGGCCUGGUGAAGAUGGUGUACUGCUCCCACUGCAGGGGCUUGACGCUCAUCAAGCCCUGCGUGGGCUACUGUCUGAACGUAAUGCGAGGCUGCUUGGCCAGCGUGUCGGAGCUGGAUCAGCCUUGGAGGAGGUACACCAGCCUGCUGGAGCAACUAACCCACGCCAUGGCUGGGCACCACAGUCUGGAACUAGCCCUGCUCGGGGUCAGGGGGCACGUUAAUGAGGCCUUGCUCUACGCACAGCUCCACGGUCCACUCAUCACCGCCACGGUGGACAAGGUGUGUGGCCUGUCUACUGGAGAACCCACAACCAUUCAGCCUACCACGCCAGAGGUCACGACCUCGACCGUGACCUCAUCUUCUCUUCCUCCUCCAUCUGCCGCCCCGUCCCAACCUCUGCCGGAGCAGUGGCUGGGGCAGUUAGCCCACUUGAGGAGCUCGUUCCCCCUGAAACCCUCCAAGAACAAUAAACAUAGUCUGAGAACACUCGCUAGAGAGUUCUUGAUGUACCUGCAGCGCUACAAGUCUUUCUUCGCAGCGUUGCCAGAGAUGCUGUGCGAGGGGGAGAACGUAGUGGACGACUCCACGUGCUGGAGCGGAGAUGAUGUGGUGGAGAGCUAUACUGGCAGAGUUGUAGGAAACGGUCUGCACGCCCAGAGGCAAAACCCAGAGGUCAAAGUUCGCAGCCCGAACCCUACACUGGCUGAGGUCAAGGAGAGGUUGGAGCUCUUCAACCAGGAGACCCAGGAGAGGUUUCCAAAACUGGGCCAGAUGGAGGCCUGGGAUGAGCUGGGCAGUGGGGAAACAGAGGAGGGCAGCACGACAGACUGUGAUGAUGAAGAUGGAUGUCAAGCCUCAGGAGAUGACGGUCAAGACCAGACCUUGCACACAGAAGCCUCCAGCGAAGGGAAGCCCGUAGGGAGAAGGCCCGGAGGUGACAGCACAUACGAGAACCCUUCCAAGCCCCCCUCGGUGAAGGUGAUAGGGGGCUCAGCGUCGGCCAGCUGGGCACGGCCCUGCAGCCUCGCACUGCUCUUUGCUGCACUUUGCUUGCAGUGGACCCUGUUCUGAUGCCCUCUGUGAAUCCCCCACUAUCCCCCUUUAGGAACCACACACAUGCACAGAGACACUCAUAUCAUAUACAUAUCAUGCAUAGCAUCUUUACUCCCUGUCCUCAACGUACUCGGAUCGGGUGGCGAUGAUGGAAAUGGAAGCACGGGAUGCGGAAGAGAAGAGGACAACGUUGUAGGAGACUAUAGACAAUGGGGGCUCUUGCAGGAACUUGUUUGUCCUGCAGCAUCACCGAUGUGGGUGUUUGCACAAGCUAAUCUCAUGCACGCUCAUCUACAAAAGAUUUGCUUCUUCUAGGUUGUUUUGGGGCUAGACGUUUGUGUACACAGACACCAAUACAGCCUCACCACUCACACACAAAAAAAAAAAACAUGUGGUUCAUGACAGGACUGCAAAAUUCAGAUUUUACUUAAAGGCGCUUUACACAUAUACUGACUCGCAUAGACGUUUCACAAUUCUUCUUUCUUUCUCUGCUGUUGGUUUUUACUCAUCCUCAUCACGGCCACUGCACCAUUCGCCAGCCAGGCGGAGGAAAUCAGCUCAUUUGAAAACUCGACUCAUUUUCUUUUUCGAGGAUUAAGGAAUGCAUGAUAGAUUGAUAGAUCAAUCCCAGGUGCCUGGCCCAGAACAGCAGAUUUGAUAUACUCUAAUGACUGUGUACCUUGGCGGGGAUUAGAAUGUAAUGAGUUCACAGGUAGAGCACGGGCACACUUGCACGGCUGAACACAUUGUGCAGACAAAACUAGGUGUGUAUAGUAUGUAACUGUAUAUAUAGGUGGAAAGAUGUGAUGGAGUGUGUGAGGUUCUGAAUCAACAGAAAGCUCUUAACUGAUUGAGCUGAAUGGGGUUAUCUAUUCUUUUCCCUUAGCUAUGAAUGCUUGUCUGCUCCAUACUACAUAUAAAAUAAUGCAAAAAAAAACAACCUAUAGAGAUUUAAUUUCUGUAAGAAAUAAAACAGGAAUGCACAUCAUUUUAAGCCAUUGACAUAUAUGGAUACAUUUUGGAUGUUUGAACAAAGCCUGUACAUUGUUGAUUUUACUAAUGUUUAUUGUGCAUCCAGUUUUGUGUGUUUGCUCGUUGAAUUGCACAUUAAUGCAUGUAUAACCUACCAAGUUAUCAAAAAUUGUUACGGUAGGAUCAGGCCCUUCUUUGGGAAGCAUCAAAAACCUCACAUAUCGCCUUUUUCCAGUACAUCUCGGUGACGGAUCUCUCAAAAUGAUGGAUUGGAACUUGAAAAACAAGAGGAAGGUUGGGCUGCAGAUCCAACACAUGCAGAUUAAAACACACACACAAAAAAAGAUAUGUAGAAUAUUUUUUACAAAGUUGGGUGCAUCUAUUGUCCGGUAUAUAGCCAUUGUGUCCCUCUUCAUGGAUUUAUCACACAUUUUGCCAAAUAAGCUCUAUUGUCUCUUCACUCACUCUUAAGCAGACCAUUCCUUGGAAUUCCAACAGAAUAAAAGCAAAUGUUUUAAAUGAUUCCUCACAGGGAUGGAGCAAAAGGGAAGUUCAAAACUGUGUGACUGCUAUAAUGGCUUCCUCUGUAUAGCUGUUUUUCUCUCUUGGAUGGUUUAUGUACUGGUACAUUAAAGUACCUGUGUGAAUGAGCAUGAAUGUAUGGUCAAUGCUACGCAGAUGCGGUAUUAUUAUGCCUAAAAAGCUACGCAGAUACAGUAUCUAAGCUAAAUAGGUCUAUACACUUACAUGGGUCUAUGUGCAGUGAAAUACCUCUUCCAUUUACAAGUCUUCCUCUCCCGACUGAAAAGUAACUCACCGAUGACUCUGCCUAAAAGUGGAAGAAGGACGACCCGCUUAACUACUUGCAUAUACAUCCAAUUAUACAUUAAAGCGUUGCAGUUGAUGAAGAACGGAGGCGACUGCAGCUGUGUAAGGUUUUAGCAGUUUAAACGUGUCACAUCUUGUGUUCUGUAACCACAUUUUGUUUAGUUCGUAUGAUUUCCUCCAUGUAUGUUUUGUCGAUGACGUUGUCGUUCAUUGCACCCACAGAUCACUUACGGCCCUUUUACCCUCGCAUGUGUAUAAAUGUACAUAUUUUAAGUCACUCGU